UUUUAUUUUAAUAACCUGUUUGUAUUUCUGAUAAAAUAAUAUUUAGAACUGCUUAAAAUGUGUUACUACUGUGUUUAUUAUAAAGUUCAAAAAUUACACUUUAACAAAUAAGAUCUAUGUGAGUGAUUUGUUGAUCCCUGACUUGAAAUUUCGUAAAGGAUCCCUUUGUUUACAAGAUGGGAAAGCUCUCGUAGAAUCAUAGAUUUACGAGUCGGUAAUCAAAUCAAGAGUAUGUACAAUGUAGAUAUUAUUUAUUUAUGUGUAGCUAAAGUGAUAUGGUGUAAUAGGUAGCUACUAUAUCUUUCUCUUUACAUCGGAAAAUCGUUAAUCGUUUAUCGAUUGUGCUGUAGGUACGCGCCUGCUCCUCCAGCCACCAUUCUGUAGCUCAAAUCAUCGGUCCGGGCUGCGAAAAGGUAUUUGAUAAAAUGAGUGAAGAAACUGAAGACAUUACUCCACCAAGUAAGAAACACAAACCAGAAUCAAAAUUGUCAGAUGUGAAUGGAGAUGAUAUGCCAAUUGAUGAGGUCAAAACAGAAAGUUUUGUUAGUUCGAAGGAAAUACAAAAUUUGCAAGAGUUCAAAAUUCUAGAUGAGGUGAAAUCUAAUGAGAAUGACAGCAGUUUUGAAAACUCCGACAGCUCUGAUGAUAAAUCCGAAGGUUUGCCGGAGGAAGAAAUUGAAAAAAUGCUAGAUGAAGAUCUUCCAGAUGACUUUAAAAAAGCUCCAAAACCUAAAGAGCAGACAUUUAUCACCCGGACAAAAACUGUCCUUGAAGACAUAGGCGUUGACCAGUUUCAAUCUCUACCCUUGGAUUGGAUCACUCUGAAACAUCAGAGUGGAAUGCCUAUUUACUUUCAUAAGCCAUCACGUGUUUGCACGCUUUCCAAACCUUACUUCCUCGGGAGCAGUAACUGUCGUAAUCACGAUAUACCUAUAACCGCCAUACCUUGCUUGGCAUACAGACGCGGUUUAGAAGAGGUCGAAAAAGAAAAAGAAAUUGACCGUAAAGUAGAAGAACAAGUUAAAAAUCUGUCACAAAACGUGGCUAAAGAAAGCAUGGAAUCUGUUGCCAAAAGUGAUGUGAAUACGGUAUCAGAUGUGACUAAAGAGGGAGCGGAGACAACUAAAGAGGAAGCUAUGCCUCUAUUGGCUGAUAAAGAAGAUCAAAAGGAUAAAGUGUGUGACGAUACUUCCAAUGUCGAUGUACCGAUGAGUAGACAGCCAGUGAUUCUGCCGAGUGGGGACGUUAUACCGGCGCCGCGUGUCCAAAACAUCAACAACAAUUGGAACAAACAGCACUUGACUCCUGAACAGCUCAAUGACUACUGCAAAAAACUCUUUAAGUUUAAGACAGUACAAAGUCUACAAUUUAAAACUUGGUUAGCACGUCGAAGAUUUGUAAAAGCAAAGAAAGCAUUACAAUAUCCGAAAAUGCCAGAAGGGGCGAAGCUCAUCAGUAUACCAGUAGGAAAUUCCGGACAAGAUAAAGACGGGAAGGGUGCCAAGCGCAACUGGGUCAUGAACAUGAACAGCAACAGCUGCCUGUCGGUGUUCCACGAAUACGUCAACCGCGCGCUGCACAAACAGCCGGUCUACGAAUACAAACACAUCGAGAACGCUUCCACGCCCUACGAAGCGUCGGUGACAAUCGGCGGCAUAAAGUACGGCGUGGGCCACGGCUCCAGCAAGCGGCAGGCCAAGAGCGCCGCCGCGCGCGCCUCGCUGAAUGUCCUCAUCCCCGAGGUGGGCGAACAGUUGGAAGAUCCCCCCGCGCGCUCCAGCAAACAAACUGACUUUGAGUUUUAUGACGACGUGGGCAUCAAAGACCCCCGCGUGGCCGAGUUCUGCGCCACGACGGGCGAGCCGUCGCCGCACGCCAUCCUGCGCACGUGUCUGCUACGGAACUUCGGCGCUAGCGACCGCCACAUCCACACCGAGUCGAAGACAGUAGCGGGCCAGGAUAUCGAGAUGACCAUGAAGGUGGGGAAACACAGCGCGACCGUCAUCUGCAGAAACAAGAAGGCUGCCAAACAACAAGCUGCCCAGGCCAUCUUGCAGGAGUUGCACCCCCACGUUGGUUCAUGGGGCUCCCUUCUCCGUCUCUACGGCUCCAACUCUGGGCAAAGCUCUAAAGAAAAGAAGCAUGAGGAACAGGAAAUAACCCUUCUGCAAGACAAAGCACGUCGCAACCAGCCCAACUACGCUGUGUUGGAUAGACUGCGCGCCGAGAUGAGGAAGCUGCGCGAACGGGAUGAGUCUGUGGUCCCCAUCGGCACCUUAUUAGUCAAAGAGGAUCUGCCAACUAACUCAGGAUCUGACCUGAACAAUGUUACCCUCUAAAUGUUUACUAUUUAAACUCAUAAUUUAUCUAACAUUAACAUUUUGAUCUCUUAUGCAUCCACUAUGUAGUUGUGAAGUUAUUGUAUUUUACCAUUGACCUCUUAUAAUAAAAGGACGCACAAUCAUGUGCAAAAUUUCACUUAAAAACUCGCCAAUUUUGCUUUGACAGUUUUAGAAUUAUUGGUAAAGAAAAUUAUACCUAACAGCCUUUAAAUAUAGUCCAAUAUUCAAUAAAAUCCCAAGUUCAGAGCAAAUGCAACCUUAAGGUUUGAGUUUAGGGUUGAAUUACGACUACUUGAAUUGAGCGCCAAGUUGUGUUUGGCGCUCAUUGAGUGGGGACGUUUUUUGAUCGCUGAUUGUGCAUCCACUUUUCAUAUGAGAUCGAUGUAUUUUACUCAACAAUAUUGUAUUCAGCUUAGCAACAUUAUUAAUCAAGUUGCUGAGCAAAUUAUGUGUAUGAAUCGUAGUUUUUUAUGUAUUUAUAGUUUUUUUUUAAUUUAGUUUAAAUUAAAAUAAACUAUAAAUAAAUAAAAUUAUUUUAAUUAAAUAUUAAACAAUUUAUUUUAAUUAGUAAUUAGUAAUUUAUUUCUUUACUUCAAGUAAGCUUUAUUUUUACAUUCCAUAAAAAUACCUAAGAUUAGUAUAGUUUGUCAGAGUAGUGACUUUAUCACAAGUUUAAAAAACAGAUUCUAUUUAUAUAUUUGGUUACAUUUAUUUAUAAUUUAUAUAGUUAUAAUAUGUCAUAUAUGUAUGCAUGUUUUGGCUGGUGGGAGACUUCGGCCGUGGCAAGUUUCCACCCUACCGACAAAGACGUACUGCCAAUCGAUUUAGCGUUCUGGUCCAAUGCAGUGUAAAAACCGAAUGGAGUGUGGAUUUUCAUCCUACUUCUAACAAGUUAGCCCUCUUCCAUCUUAGAUUGCAUCAUCACUUACCAUCAGGUGAGAUUGUAGUCAAGGGCUAACUUAGUAAAAAAGGGUAAAUAAUAAAAAAAAGAAAAAACAAAAUAUAUGAUAUAUACUUGAAUUAUAAAUAAAUGUUUCACGAAUACAAUUAAUUUUUAAUCUUAAAUGUAUCUUUAAUCUUAAUCUUUAAAUUAAUAUUCUCAAUUAGAGAAAUUGAUGUCAGUGUAACUUUUAAAAAUAAAUCAGUAGUCAAA